AUGGGGUUGCUUAGCAAUGUUAUCCCCAAGGGAUUCUCGGGAUCUUCAUGGAACCCUCUGAGCCUGCCUUCUUCAUCUGGGCUCUCCCUCCCUAAACUAUCUUCGCUUCCUGGAGCCUCUCUCUUGGGAUCCAAGGAUCAAGCCUGGUUUAAAUCGAUACUCACGACGUUUGGUUUGAACGGAGUUCUUGCUACUGUUUUCAGUUUCUUUCUUUAUCUCGCCUAUCUUAAGUUCGUCAAGAAAGACAACAAGGGUGUUCUCGAAUUCCUCAAGAAAAAGGGUUCCGAAUAUGUCAGCAAGGUUCCUGGAAUGGGUAUGCUUACGAAGGUACCAUUCCUGAAUAAGCUCAUACCGUCACCUGAAAGCACGAUACAUGUGCCAAAGGGUACACAGUCAGCUUUGAACAGUAUAUCCGGAAUCGCACCUGGCAUAGCCUCGAAGCUUAAUCCAACCAAAUGGAGGAUUUUGAACAAGAAAAAGAUCGCUGAGCAAGAAGAUGAUGAGAAUUACCAGGCUGGAGAGCCGUAUGGAGAUCCUACUGCCAUGGCCACUGGAAUCGCCACAGAUCUGAAGUCCAUGGGACUCAAAGGUGGGUUCAAGGACCUUCGCACCCUGUUCGAGGUGGCCAAGGCCAAGGGGAAGCCUAUCAAUGAUCGGGAUAUGACCAUGGAAAAGAUGAUUGCAAUUGCGACUUCCUUGCCCCGUACGUCUAAGGCGCGAGGCAAACUUACUGGGAUCAUUAUUGAUACUCUGUGGAAGAGCUUGCAGCACCCUCCUUUGAGCUACAUGGGUAACAAAUUCCAGUACCGAACUCCUGACGGAAGCUACAACAACCCUCUUCAACCAGACCUGGGUAAGGCUGGAAGCCCAUAUGCGAGGACAGUUCCCAAGAUGAAGCACCUGCAUGGUGUUCCCCCAGACCCCGGCCUUCUGUUUGACUUGCUCAUGGCCCGUAGCGAUGAGACCUUCAAGGAGAACCCAGCUGGUGUCUCGUCCGUUCUAUUCUACCAUGCGACAAUCAUUAUUCAUGAUGUCUUCCGCACCAACCGUGUUGACCCCAGUAUCUCGGACACUUCAUCUUACCUUGACCUGGCCCCCUUGUACGGUUCAAAUCUCGAGGACCAACUGGACGUUCGGACAAUGCAGCGUGGGCUACUCAAGCCGGAUUCUUUUGCUGAAAAGCGUCUUCUUGGCCAGCCUGCCGGUGUCAAUGUGAUGCUCGUCAUGUACAACCGUUUCCACAACUAUGUUGCAGAUGUUCUCCUCAACAUUAACGAAAAUGGUCGCUUCACGUUGCGACCUGCCAACACGGAAGAGGGAAUCAAGGCGGCUCUCGCACAGCAAGACGAGGAUAUAUUCCAGACUGCUAGACUCAUCACCAAUGGUCUCUACAUCAACAUUUCUCUGCAUGACUACCUUCGUGGCCUUACCAACACCCACCACUCUGCCAGUGACUGGACCCUUGAUCCCCGCAUUGAAGUGGGUAGAAUUUUUGACCCCGAGGGUGUCCCCCGAGGCAUUGGCAAUCAGGUUUCCGCUGAAUUCAAUCUCUUGUACCGCUUCCACUCUGUCAUUUCCCGUCGCGAUGAGAAGUGGACGAAUGAAUUCAUGCAGGAAAUUUUCCCGGGGAGGCCACUCGAUCAACUCACCCCGCAGGAGUUUGCCCGGGGUCUUAUGCGCUUCGAGAAGAGUAUCCCAGAAGAUCCAGCAGAACGUACGUUUGGCAAGUUGAAGCGUAAUGCGAAUGGCAAGUUUAACGACGCCGAGCUUGUCGGUAUCAUGAAGGACAGUAUGGAGGACCCUGCGGGACUAUUCAACGCUCGAAUGGUUCCUAAGGCUCUUCGUAUGAUCGAAAUCAGUGGUAUUCUAACUUCGAGGAAGUGGAAUCUCGCCUCCUUGAAUGAGAUGCGUAGCUUCUUUGGACUGAAGCGCCACAACACAUUCGAGGACAUCAAUCCCGACCCCCAAGUUGCUGACCUCUUGCGCAAGCUCUACGACCACCCUGACAUGGUUGAAAUGUACCCCGGUCUGUUCCUUGAGGAUGGAAAGCCCCGCAUGGACCCUGGCUGCGGCGGCUGCCCUCCAUAUACUGUUGGUCGCGCUGUUUUCAGUGACGCUGUCACUUUGGUGCGAUCUGACCGGUUCCUCACUGUGGACUACACUGCCUCAAAUCUCACAUCCUGGGGAUACCAGGAAGUCCAGCAAGAUUAUGACAUCCUUGGAGGAUCAAUGUUUUGGAAGCUAUUCCAGCGUGCAUUUCCUGGCUGGUUCCCUUACAACUCGUUGCACUCCACACAGCCAAUGUUCACUCGAAAGAUGAACGAGCAGAUCGCCCGUGAGAUUGGAACAAUCGACCAGUACACCUUGAAGGACCCGUCGCCGCCGCCUACUCCCAUUGUGCUCGCCAAAUAUUCCUCCGUGACGAAAGUUCUGAGCGAUCAGACUAACUUCCACGUCACCUGGGCCAAGAACCUCAAUGACAUGACUCCUGGCAAGAAAUACGACUCUUACAUGCUGGGUGGCGACGCGCCCGCGAAUGCCGCUCAAAGGAACCUGGUCCGCGAAAUCAUGUUCAGCCCGGCUGAGUUUAUGCAGCUGCUUUCUCAAACAUCGAUGCACGCUGGCAAGGAGCUCUUGGAUAACGAGACGCUCAGCCUCGCCAGUGAUUUGAACCAGCUUGAUAUUAUCCGGGACAUCGCUAUUCCUCUGAAUACCCGUAUCAUGGCAGAUCUAUUUUGCUUGGAUUUGAAGACCGAUGAGAACAAAGGAGGUAGUUUGAACACUACUGAGCUUUAUAAGCACCUGAUGAGUGUUCGCACCUUCGGCUUCAACAACUUUGAUCCUGCUCUGGCAUUGCGGCGGAGAAAGGAAGCCCGUGAAGGCUCUAAAGUUCUGACUGAGACCACCCUGAAGGUUAUCUCACAUGGACCAAGCCCAAUUAGCGAUGCCCGUGGAAUUUUAUCCAAAGCUACUGGAGCUCUUACAAGGGCAGCGUCUAACGUGACGUCAAAAAUUCCUUUUAUUGGUGGUCUUGUCAAUAAGAUCGACAAUAAAGUUGAAGCAGACACCGGAUCUCUGCGAUGGUACGGCCAGAAUGUCGUAAAGGAGCUCAUCUCUGCUGGGAAGACUCCAGAAGAAGCUGCCGACAUUUGUUGGUUGACCGCUGUCGCUGGUGUUGGUGCGCCAAUUGGAAUGUUUGCUGAUGUUUUGAAUUACUUCCUCCAAGACGAGAACUCACAGUACUGGGAGGCAAUCCAGAACUUGGCUUCGAUCUCGAACGUCGAGGCUGCUGACAAGGAGCUAAGAAAAUAUGUUCUUGAGGCCCAGCGUCUGACUAGUAAUCAGCGGGAUAUCCGUGUCUGUGUCGGCGCGACCACGAUUGAUGGAAAGCAAUACAAACCUGGUGAUGUGGUCGUUGCUCUAUUUGGCCCCGCAUGCAAGGACCCUGAUGCCGUUUCUGAGCCUGAGCAGUUCAAGCUUGAUCGGCCAGAGAGCGCUUAUAUCCACUUAGGCUACGGGCCUCACGCCUGUCUCGGGCGCGAAAUUGCCCUCACUUUCAUCGUUUCCCUUGUUAAGGUGUGCAGUGGUCUGAAGAAUCUUCGCCCUGCUCCUGGUAAGAUGGGAGCUCUGAAGCAAAUUCAGAUCAAUGGCGACAGAUCAUACCUCAACGACAGCUGGUCAUACCUGACUACCGAUCCAACGACCUGGAAGGUUCACUUCGAUGGCGUGGGCAAAGGCGUAUUCCGCGCUCCCAAGCUCCCUAUUGGUGUUGCCAGCGACAUCAACUAUAAUGCCUUGAAGAAAGAGCAGGACGACUUUGUCAUGAAUAAAGCUUCCAAGCUUAUGCCUAACGGUACUGAUUCGUCACACGGUACCGGAACAGCUGAUUCCAUCAAGUCAGCGAUCAAUGGUGAAGCCGCUGGUGCAACUAUGCCGGUACUCAAUGGAGUUCCAUCCGUCAAUGGCGUCGAUCAGCAGAACGGCGUGCCAAACAGUCAGAAUCUCACGAAUGGUCAACCGCAACAGCAACUAGUGCCGACCGCCAAAGAAAGCUCAAGCCUUCUGAACCGAGCCAUUUCUGACUUCAGCGCGAUCAACAAGAAGACGGUAGGGACCGCCCAUGACAUCGCCCACGGCUUUGUCGAAAGCAUCCCUGGAGGACAAUCGGCCUCAAAGUUGACUCACGGCAUUGCUCAAAACUUCAUCCCUGGCUCCGAUGGUGCUUCUGGCAGUGGGGGCGACCAUUUUGGCCAGACAUAG